AGGGAAAAAAAAAACAAAAGUCUCCCCUUUGCAAAACGGCCAAAGAGAAACAGAGCAAGAAACUGACAGAGGUCCUAAGAUAUGCAAGAAGAUAACAGCCUGGAGAAAUCCCUAGCAUGGCUGCAAGAUGUUGUCCAAGGGGCCAUAGGUCAGGAGUUGGAGACCCGAGCCCUUGACGGACUACGCAUCACCCAUGCUCAGAAGGGAUUUAUACGAUGUAAUUUCGUCGUAUCAAAUCGUGCAUCAGGUGUUGAUGGGAAUUGGCAUGUUGGAGCUAUAGCAACGUUGAUGGAUGUGGUCGGAGCUGUUGCUGUAUACUCUGUUGCCCAUCGCGUCAUAACCUCCGUUGAUUUCAGCAUUUCAUAUUAUUCAACAGCCAAGAUUCAUGAGCAAGUGGAGGUAGAUGCCAAGGUUAUGGCAAACAAGGGAAGGCUUACACAAGUGAUGGUGGAGGUUAGAAGGAAAGGAAAUGGAGAGCUAAUUGCUUCGGGAAAACAGUGGAUGGCUUCAAAUAACCUCAGGGUAUCUCAAGUGGAGCAUUCGAUCUGACAAUCACGGUUCAAUAGCCAGCCAAAACAUAUGUAAAUCAGGCUGGCACGAUCCAAAACUGAGAUAAGUCCUUUCUCUCCUCCAGGCUUUUAAAUUCCUUUCAUCUGUCAAACCUGAGGUCUCUCUGGUUUGUUACUCCUCCUCUGAUUCAUAUCCUUCAUCAAUAACUUCUGCCGUAGAUCCAUAAGACCUGCUACAGAUGAUGUAAUACAACAGAUUGACAAGACUCAACCCUGCAAGAAGCCAGUAAUAAUUGUCGAAGCGAGCCUCAUUGAGAUUGUCAGCAACCCAACUCGGUUUUCCACCUCUUGAAGUAGUCUUG